AUGAAGAUCUCUGUCGCCCUCAGCGCCCUCGUCGGCUUUCUCGCCACAGGAACCACUGCCAAUCCUAUUGCGAACCCGAACGCCGUCGAAGCACAGUCCGCAGAAUCUGAAAUCAGCCCCGAAUGGGACUACGGAAAGCGGGAUGACAUUAUCGAGCCUGAGUGGGACUACGGAAAGAGGGACGAAGUUACUGAACCCGAAUGGGACUACGGAAAGAGAGACGAAGUCAUUGAGCCCGAAUGGGACUACGGAAAGAGGGACGAGGUCAUUGAGCCUGAGUGGGACUAUGGAAAGAGGGACGAGGUCAUUGAGCCGGAAUGGGAUUAUGGAAAGAGGGACGAAGUUGUUGAGCCGGAGUGGGAUUAUGGAAAGAGGGAUGAGGCUGUCGAGCCUGAAUGGGACUACGGCAAGAGAGACGAGGUCGUUGAGCCAGAAUGGGAUUACGGCAAGAGGGAUGUCGAGGGUGAAGUUGAGCCUGAAUGGGACUACGGAAAGAGGGACGCCAAGGCCGAGGAGACGGAUGCUGUCGAGCCUGAGUGGGACUAUGGUCGCAAGUGA